UAUGAUAUGUUUGUCAACAUAUCACGUCAACAAUUCCCUUGAGUAGUUCUCGUGAACCUGAACGGUAUGAACUUCGCUUUUAUCUGUCGAAUUUUGACAUGAUUUAAUUUACAUAGAGGUAAAAAAUCCAUGCAACUCCUUCGUGAAGAUGGACAAGAACUUGGCUCAAACGGAAGCAUUUGACUUUUUAUCAAAUGAAGCUAAAGAUUUAUAUUUAGGUACACAUGUGCCUGAACUAUACGAAAUUCCAACAUCAAUUGAAUUUGUUCGGGAUUAUGUCGCCAAAAACUUACCUGUUGUGAUACGUGAAGCAACACUGGAUCACUGGCCAGCAAUCACAAAAUGGAAUUCGAAACACUUUAGAACGUUGAUGGGCCGAAAAGAUGUUACAGUUGCAAUCACACCGAAUGGAUACGCGGACGGUCUAGCUGAGAAGGAUGGUGAAGAGUAUUUCGUAAUGCCAUUGGAAAAGCAAAUGACGAUGAAUGAGUUCUUGGACACGUUGGACAAUCACCAUCCGUUGGUGCAUUACAUUCAGAAGCAAAAUUCUAACUUUACGGAUGACUUCAGUGAAUUGUGCAGCGAUAUUGACGCUCGCCUGCUAAGCUUUUCUGCUGAAGCAUUUAACAAGCAGCCGGAUGCUGUCAAUUUUUGGAUGGGAGAUGAACGAGCCAUAACGUCUAUGCACAAAGAUCCGUAUGAGAACAUUUAUUGUGUUGUGUCGGGCUAUAAAGAUUUCAUUCUUAUUCCACCGGUUGAUUUACAAUGGGUACCCAGAGCUAAGUAUCCUUCCGCUCUGUAUAAACAGAAUCAUCUGAAUGAAGUAAUUGUUGAUCCAAUUGUAGACGAUGCUAAGGAACCAAUAUCUGUGGAGUGGGUUAGCAUUGAUCCCCUGAAACCGGAUCUCGAUAAGUAUCCAGACUAUGCCAAAGCAUCAGUUUUUGAAAUUCGUGUCAAUGCUGGAGAUAUUUUGUACUUGCCGAGCUUGUGGUACCAUCACGUACGGCAAAGCCACAAAUGUAUUGCAGUCAACUUUUGGUACGACAUGGAUUACGAUGCUAGAUAUUGCUAUUAUAAGAUGAUGGAGAAAUUAUGUGGUUUCGGUUCUUGAUUUCAUGUCACUGUUAAUUGUGCCAAAAUGUUUACUGCCUUUACUGCCUUUCAUCUUUUGUUCUUUUUAUCUGAAUAAUUUUUUCCUGUAUGACUGAACUGUAUUUAACGAGGACUGUUGAGUUGAAAAUUAAUAAAAUUGUUGUCAUUCA